AUCACUAAUUUUGUGCAAGGAGCCGCAAAAAUUAAUCAGGCUACAUUUGAGGUUUUUUUCCAACUUGGGUUGGUCUAGAGUUUUUGAUUCACAAAUCUGAGCAGCAGGUCCAGCGAUGAGGAGCAGAAUUUCACCACAAGCUGAAACAUGAUUUUUCUUUGUCAAAGAUCAUAAGAGGCGCCUUUUCACGGCUACAUAUAAACAAUUGUGCCGAAAGGGAUCUAGCAUAGGAUUUCGAUCUGAUUUUGACAGAUAUAUAUUGUACUUAAUUGAUAAGAGAGUGAACAGGACACAUCACAAAAAUUGGAAUUGCUAGUUUGUAGAAGGACGCACAGAAAGGUGCUGGCUGUGACCAGGCUUCAUUAUUAUGGAAGAGAAUGCUCGCCGAGACCCAGAGCGCCCAGAGGACUCCAGUCAAGACGAGGAGUCCAACCGGGCCAUCCUGCCCCUCCUUCACCAACCUGGCAACCAGCAGUCCCACGCGAUCACCAAUUUUUAUAUUGACAACAUCUUAAGACCGGACUUUGGCCGAAAGAGGAAGAACGGGACUUUGGUCCAGGAGGAAGACAGUCUGGCAGUAGUUAUACGAAGAGAGGAGCUAACUGGGAGAAAGCCUUGCAAAACUAGCAACCGACAACAAGGAGAACCAAGAGACGAGGAGGACAUUGGAGCAGAGCCUCUGGACCCUGAGGACAGGAGACCUGAUUUGAUAGUUGGUGAUGGAGAGGGCAGCGGGGAUCGCAGCCCUCAGGCCAGCUCGGCCUCUGAAGCUAACCCGAUGCUGUGGCCAGCCUGGGUUUAUUGUACCCGCUACUCAGACCGUCCAUCAUCAGGGCCCAGAUCCCGCAAACCAAAGAAGAUGCCGACCCCGAGUAAAGAAGACAAGAGGCCCCGCACGGCCUUCACGGCGGAGCAGCUUCAUCGGUUGAAAUCUGAGUUUCAGAACAAUCGGUAUCUGACCGAGCAGCGGAGGCAGAGCCUAGCCCAGGCCCUUGGUCUCAAUGAGUCUCAAAUCAAAAUCUGGUUUCAGAACAAGCGGGCCAAAAUCAAGAAAGCUGCUGGGAAUAAAAACUCUUUGGCGCUGCAUCUCAUGGCACAGGGACUGUACAACCACUCCACGAACCAGGACGAUAAUUCGGACAGUGACUAGGGGAACACAAGAGUGUGUGCGUGUAUGUGAGUGUGUGUGUGUGUGUGUGUGUGUGUGUGUGUGUGUGUGUGU